AUGGAGCUUUUGUAUCUCUGGAUCAUAUGGGCUACCAUCGGUCUGCUGUGUUUUUGUCGACUCCGAGCAGUGCCAACUCCCCGAUUGCAUCGCCUAAGGCGCCACGAGAUUGUCAAUGCGACAGCUGCAACAAUUACUUCGGAUCGGGUCGCUCCGGACCUUGACAGUCGACCUGAACGAACCAAACCUGGUUUUGUCAUGUCUGAACUCACGUCUCUGGAUGUGACAUUGCUCCAUGAGCAGAACCUUGAGAAAGUUUUGUCAACCUUGCCUAAGCUGAAUGACAACUUGACGUGGACUUUCUGGCUCAACUACAAACAGCCGAUGAGUAUAGUGGGGUCGAGCACUAUGGGAUGCGAGAAACCCAAAGAGAUGCCACACUCCGCUGUGCAGACACCCUCGAGGUCGUUCGCUUCACUACCUCCCAUGGUUUUGCUCGCCAAUUUCACAACAGCAACACGAUUCUACGCGGCCAUACAAGCCUUUCAACCCUCGCCAUGCUCCAUCCACACCCUCGAAAUUCCAUUCAACAUGCUCCUGGGGGACCGGAAAGGUGCGGUUUUCCUGGCCGACGUCCUGCCGGGCAACAAUUAA